AGACAGGACGAACCGACGAAGAGCGGUCUUAUUCUCGAGGAUGGUCACCUGACCCUCGAGGAGAUCAUCAAACUCGACCUUCCGAACGCAGAGUUCGCAUUCCUGUCGGCAUGUCAGACGACGACUGGAGAAGAGAAACUGUCGGACGAAGCGGUGCAUAUUGCGGGAGGAAUGCUACUCGCUGGUUAUAAAAGUGUGGUCGCCACGAUGUGGUCCAUUCAAGAUGACCUAGCACCAGAGGUAGCGGACGAGUUCUAUAGACAUGUGAUGGCGGAUAGUGGACGACCAGACAGCAGGAAGGCAGCAGAGGCGCUUCACUAUUCGAUUCAACGGCUUCGCAAGAAGAAGGGAAUUGCACUUACGUCGUGGAUUCCGUUUGUUCACCUCGGAGUGUAG